AUGAAAGGAAAUGAGAUGAAAGCGAACAGAAAGAAAAGAAAGCACCUUGUGCGAUGUCUCUGUUGCUAUCUCUGUAUAUCUCGUGUGGGCAGACGUGGACGCCAUAUACCAGGUGCUGAAGCAGGCAGGCGAGAUCCGUGGAAACUCGACAAACUCACCACCUACGCCUCCCACAGCAGAUCAUCCUCCAGCACCUUCGUCAGCGAGGGCCUCUUCCCACCCUUGUUCCUCGUCCACCUCUGACAGUGCCGACACGAAAGAAAAGAAGACUAACCAAGUUCAUCACCUGAAGCCUGAAACCACCGGAAGUCAAUUUCUGAGUCGAUGGUCCAAAGGAGAAAAAGGUCACGGACAUCAUCGUCCAAUAUGUAGAUGUAACACGCCUAUUAGGAGACAACAUUAG